UUUUCAGAUAACGUGUAGACACCAGUACGGCCACAGUGGUGAGGUGAGGCUGGCCAGUGCCCGGCAGGUGCCACACCUCCGAGGGGGGGGGUCGACACUCACAUCACCUCCCCCUCAGUCUACAGGAUCUCAUAUACUGGUCUCCCAUGUGCCGGGAUGGAGUUUCAUAUGACAAGAGGAGUGUGUGUUUGUGUGGAGGCUGGACAGUGUGUUGUUGUCGUCAGGAGAUGGUGCUUGAUAGUCAACAGAUAAGCUGACUAGUGACGAAGACGGAUAAGGAAAACACGUAGCCUGGCGUCACAUGUAGCCUGGCGUCACACCUAGUCUGGCGUCACACGUAUCCUGGCGUCACAGGUUACACCAACUGAGAGAAGAACCAGACCCAAGCAUGAACUGUGAAGAUCAACACGCAGACAACCACCUGUCUACUGAAGCAUCUUAUUGGGUCCAGACUCCGUUUUCUAUUGGCCCAGAGUCCGUUUUCUGUUGGUCCAUAGUCCGUUUUCUAUGAAGAGUUUGAUCCAGCCAGAUAUUCCAGCAGUGGUGGUGAGUCAGUUGGUAACCCUCGGCAGUAGGUGUUACACGAGAGCCGGCCACCAAUGACAGCUCUUGUUCUGCGAUAUACAAGUGUCCAUUGAUGGUGAUAUCUCUGCUUGAUAAGUUAAGUUUGAGGGAGGUAGGUGGCGGCGACCCCUGGCGAGGAUGACGUGAGGGAGUGAGUUGUAGCAACCAGCGACCCGUGAUUACUGUACCAGCAAUGGCUUUCACCUUCAUGUUGCUGGUUACAAUGAUGGGAGUUAGUCAGUGCCAAGACACUGUCACACAUCCUGGCAGUCAUGACUUACCUAGCAACUUCGUUAUGCCCACCACCAGCCGCAGUACUUCCCUCGCUGGUGCCACGCCAUCAGCACCCACCCGUCAUAAGUCUUCGACAGGUGGCAGAGGACCUCCGAAAAAGAAUGAAUCUUCCUGGUCACUCAGUGAAGAGUACAUAGAACAAAUGUUAGAUAUCAUCGCAGAUCAUGAGCGGUUUCCCAUGCAUGAUGGGAGCCAAGGUGACAUGAGUGCCGUGCUCACAACGGACCUUUAUCAGGGUAAGAGAACAUUAGUUUACAAGCUGACUCCUGGGUCCAUAUUUGGCGGUGUUCGAUCAAUAAGGAAUAACCACAAAACUAAUAAUAAUAAACAGCGAAUAACUAACAGGGAUUUCAACAGUUAUGACAACAGACAAACGGCUGUAUAUUCUAAUGCAUACAUGUCUUCGCCUUAUGGACUGAGAAACGGAGAAAAUAAUUAUAACGCCAUUACCCGUCCUCACCACAAGUGGGGGAUCCACUACCUACGCUCCCCGCCGCCCAUCUCCUCCAUGGACAACCCUUACCUUCCUCCUCAUGGCCGCCAUCAAGAACCAAAACCUUUAUUAGAAAUUCCUUUGAAGGCGGUGGUUGAGUCUGGCUCAGAGUUAGUGUUAAACCCGGUGGGGAAGGUGGUGCUGGCGACACGCAGUAAGGCGCGGGGGGCGUGGGUGUCCUUCCUCCUCCUUCACUACCUGGGGUUCGUGCCGCAGGUGCCAGGCCUCCCUAGACACGUUGACCCGGUGUUCGUGAGACCGAGCUCCGUCAACACCCCUACUAGAUGACCACAGCAGUUCCUUGACAGUGUCGGGGACCUGAGUUGGGAACACAAUGUACUCGUAGAUAUUUUAAUAAUGUCGAGUUGUCUUGUUCAAAGUAAAUAUUAGUGACUAACAGCAAUCAGUUAGAAUUUUCCUGUAUGUGAGUCUAAUAUUCUACAAGUAGGAGUAUUUGGUUGAUAUAUUUUAUGGUGUUAGUUGUAGUAGUUUGGUAGAUGUUUAUAAUAAUUGAAUAAAUAUACAGUACAA